CUUUCUUCUCAUACCGUCACUCCUUGGAAGCAUCCUAAGCCUCUCUCUCAAACUUUUACUUUCCAGCCUUUCCUUUUCUGCAAUCUUCUUCUUCCUCUUCUCUCUCUUCUGUUCUUCCACUUUCCUCAGUCUUUAAUGGCUGCACGACACCUAGCUUCUCCAUUGUAGUUAAUAGGUGGGUCGGCACUUCUGCCAUCUGGGUCUCUCUUUUGGUUUGUGAAGAAACGCAGAAAGCCCAAAAGGCAGAAAAGUUUCAAUUUAACAAUAUUUUGGUUGUUUUUUCUUCUGGGUCUGUGCUGGAAUGCUAAGAACUUGCACGCGGUUUAAUUUGGGUCAUCCAGAGAGAUGGAGAAAUUGGAGUAUCAAUCACUGUCAAGAAAACUGUAGAGAGUUAAGGAAUUGACACUGUAGGCGAAUCCUGGAGUCAGCAUAGGCAAAAAUUGUUUGAAGCAAUCGGGAGCAAAAGAGGUUUUGGGUUGAACCAAUCGUCAUGUGGUGGCAGCAUAUUUCUUAGGAGCCAAAGAUCUGUUUCAGUUCCUUGAGCUUCAUUUUGUUUGAAAGAUUUGAGGAUUUGAAAGUGGAAUUUAUUCAUCUUCACUGAGAGAAGAGUUUGCUGCGUAUUUGUUCUUGAAGGCUCAUCAACCCCGAGGGUUCUGAAUUUCAGGUUGUCCCAUUACUGCACCAGCAUUCAGCAGGGAACUCUGAAUGAACAGGAGCUGCUGAGGGAGAGAAAUCCAGUCAGUAUGGCAAAGCGAUCGCGACGACGCCCUGUACGACAUGAAAAGGAUCAAGCAGGAUGUAUAUGGGGUUUCAUUAGCAUCUUUGACUUCCGCCAAGGGCGAUCAACUCGGAGGCUUCUUUCAGAUAGAAGGCGCCCAAGCAGGCAAGUUGCUGGUGCUCGGUAUGCUGGUUCUGCGCUGCACAUGAUGAUAAGCCCGGAUGAGAAUUCUCAAGAAAAUUGUGAUGGUGAAGAAAGAGACGGUAAUGCUACUAAGACAAGUGUGAAGACACUUAUGGAAGAAGAGAUGCUUAAUGAACAAGGCCAGAAGCAGCAGAUGGGCAGUGCCAACAGUGAAAUCAACGGAGCUGAUUCAGAAUGUAGAGGACAUGGGAAAAAGCACCGCAAACGAACAAGAAGAACUAAUAAGGGGUAUUGUGACAUACACUUUGAGUUGGAUGCUGCUGAAAACUUGGGACCACAAAACUCUUAUCAUCAAGGUUCAGAGGAAAAAUCUUCAAAAAACCUUGAUCUGGAGUUAAAAGAGAGGGAGUUGUACGAGCAGAUCUAUCAGAAAAGUACUAGUUGCCUGAAACAUGACUUGAACAAUGAUCUUGACAUGCAGUCUGAGCAGACAUACGCUGUGUUCGACAAGGGAUUAAGUGAGGCAAUUAAGGUAUUUGUAGAUCAGACAUUCAAAGAUGGGAAACAUGUGACGGAUGAUGGGAAAUCUGACCACCCAAAAGAAUUUAUCGAUGCACUCCAGACAUUAAGUUCGAAUAAAGAACUGAUUUUGGAACUCCUAAAUGAUCCACAGUCACUUCUGGUGAAGCACCUUGAAGACUUGGAGUUGGCUCAGGCAGAGAAAAACCGAACUUCCAACCCAUUGGCCGGAUCCAACUUGUUAGAUGGGGAGCUAAACAACUCAAAACCAACUGUGCCUGUUGCCCCUAAACGACAUAACUUCUUCAGGAGAAGGACGACCAAAUCUCAGGAAAAGGUCUUACUGAAUGGAGAUGAAAACUUUCAAACUUCAAGUCGGAUCGUCAUUUUGAAGCCUGGACCAGCAGCAGUUAAAAUUUCUGAUGCCGAAAGAACACAUGGUUCAUCUUUGCGAUCUAAUCACAGUUCUGGGAGUAAAGUGGAGACUGAGAAAAAUCCUUCCCAAUUUUCUUUUACCGAAAUUAAAAGAAAAUUAAAGCAUGCUAUGGGAAAGGAGCGGCAUGUGGUCCCUUCAGAUGAUCUUUCCUACAGGUUUCCUUAUGAGCGACGCAAUUCAGGAAAUAGUGACAAAGGCAUUGGUGGGGAGAAAGGUGGAUGGAAUUCUCCAAAUAGAGACCAUUUCUAUAUGGAAAGAUUUGCCAGACCUGCCAAUGGCAGCAAGAACAAAGAGAAGAACAGCAAGCCAAGACACAUUGAAACAAGCAAGGGAAAUGGAACAGUUGACUGUACUGAGCAAAGGGUGUCUAACACCUAUAUUGAGGCCAAGAAACAUCUCUCAGAAAUGCUGAGUAAUGGAGAUGACAUUGAACUUUUUUCAGGAAGGCAGUUACCAAAAACAUUGGGAAGGAUGAUCUCUCUUCCGCAGUUCAAUUUAUCUCCUGGAAGGGACAAAGAACACAGUUUUAUAACAGCACGUCAGAGGAUGUCCCCUUACAACCCCUGUCAUGUCGUCAACGAGGACAAAUUGCAGAUUGCACCAGAAAGCCGUUUUAGUCAUCUAGGACCUUCACAGCAGAACUCAAAUAGUCAAUCCUGCAUUAAUGACAACCCUGAACAUAAAGGAGAAUCAUGUAACUCAAGUUCUGAUGGUUUGGAUGAGCUUCACCAUCCCAACUACCCUGAAGAUAAAGGCGAACCUUUCAACUCAAAUUCAACUAGCUUGGACGAGUUUAAUAAUUCUAAUGUGCAUCCGUGUUCUAUGAAACCCGAGAAGAGCUCUGAAGAUGAUGUGGCAAAAGUACAGACAACUGAUGCAGUAGUCAAGGAAGAGAGCACACAACCGGAGAUUUCAGCUGACCAGUCCAGCUCUUCUGUUGUUAAAGAUAACCAACGUGAUGAUCUCCCUGAAGUUUGUACUAAAGAAGAAUCUGUCCACUGCUUGAAAAUGGACUCUUUUGAAGAGGACCCCUUACCAUCCUCUCCAUUAGCAUCUCCACCAAGCUCUUCAGUAACUAAGCACGUUGGAGAUGUAGACAGUCCCAAUGAAAGACCAGACCGACCUAGUCCUGUAUCUGUGCUUGAGCCAUCAUUCACAGAAGAUGACAUCAGUCCUGCAGGCAUCAAAUCCCGACAUGUGGAACCUCCAAUGCAGCCUCAGCAGAUCCAUUUCGAAGAACAGCUUUCUCCUGCUGCAAAUCAUGAACUCUGUGUGAGAGCUUGCAUUGAGGAUGAGGAAUCUGCAUUUCAAUAUGUUGAAGUAGUUCUGCUGGCUUCUGACUUGAACUGGGAGGAAUUUCUCUUAAGGUGGCUUUCUUCAAACCAAAUUCUUGACCCAUCAUUGUUCGAUGAAGUAGAGUUGUUCUCAAACCGGUCUUCUCAUGACCAAAAGCUUCUCUUUGAUUGUACCAAUGAAGUUCUAAAGGAGGUCUGUGAGCACCAUUUUGGGUACACCCCAUGGAAACCUAAUAUUAGGCCAAUCCCAAGGGGGAAGGAUCUUAUUCAAGAGAUAUGGGAAGGAGUGGAAUGGCAUCUUGCAUCACAGCCUUCUUCUCAGACUCUGGACCACAUUGUCAGAAAAGAUAUGACAGAAAGGGAAACAUGGAUGGACCUCCGGUUCGAUGUUCAGAGUAUUGGUACUGGUAUGGAAGAAGCCAUUUUUGAGGAAUUGGUGGAAGACACCAUAUGGUGCUUCAAAACUUAUGGUCCAGCAGAUAUGGACUGAUCUCUACUUACCCCCUCCCCCCCAGAGUUGAUGAUAGAAUAAUGAGUCCCACCGACCCAUAAGUUGAAGCCAACUUUCAUCUAAUCCUCUUCCCAAGUGGUGACCAAUUUGGCUCGAAGUGAACAGAUCAUUUCGUGCUUACCAUAUUAUCACAAGGGGCGUGCCUCAAGGACAUCUCACCAAGAAGGUUAGGGCCCUUUUUUAACACUUUCAUUCCCAGCAGCUUUAUGUAAAGAAAUCAUACAUGCUUUUUCUCAUGAUGAAAUUUUCUAAUUCAUCUGAAACUUAGCUUAUAAGAGCUCUCUUGGAAAUAGCUAUGAAAUGAGCCAUUGAGGGCCUGAUGAAAACAUAAUGUGCAGUAGUAUCUGGGUAGUUCCACGACCAUGACAAGCCGUCUUUAACCCCCGCGGCAAGUUAGAGGUGUCGGUGUUGGUCAUUUUGUACAAUUUGUGGAGUUUGGUGGUGUGAAAACUCCAUGUUGUAUUAUUAAUGCUAUUGAAAAUCUUCUCUCAUUUACAUAGUUCUUAUCUAAUGGUUUUACUGA